AUGCCCACCCACGGCCAGCACAAACAGCAACAACCACGCCGGAUCCUAGAAAAGUCUCGGACAGUGCGCCGAAGAUACCAAAGAUCGAACAAACGCUUCGAAUUUACCGCGUCCCAAAUCGAACAGAUUGAAAGGGAAGAAGAGCGAGAGAAGAAAGCCAAACAACUCCGGGAAAGAGAGAAAAGGAAGUUAGCGAAUAAGAAGAAGAGAGCUGAAAAGGAAGCUAAACAACGUGAAGAACGAAGAAGAUUGGGGAUUCCGGAUCCGAAUACGGUCAAGAUUCCGGCUAGUCAGCCUUUGCUGGUGAAUUUCCUUGGGGCGAGGAGGAAUAGUAAGCUGGAUGAAGUGAAAGGACAAAUCCAAGAAGAAGCGGAAGAUUUUGGAACAAACCUGGAGCCAGAAAAUUCGGAAGGAGAGGAAUUGGAUGAGUCUGGAGAUGAUGGACAUGGUGAUCACCACAUUUCUCCUGUACAGGAGGAGGCGGAUGUGUUACAACAGCAGCAACAACCCAGUAAGACAGAAGAAGCAGUUAAUUGCGUCUCGGAAGACUUCAGUGACCUUGAAACUGAGCUCGGAGAUGACUUGUUGGAUGACAUCGAUUUGGAAAAGCAUAUUGCAAGCAUAGAGAACAGCCAAAAAAGUUUGAACUCUUCUGCUACAACACAUAACGCUAUACAAACACAAGUACCAGCGCAAAGUAUGUUAGAGGCCCCGCCCGCUGUGAACAGUCUCAGCGAGUCUUUCGAAGACGACACAUCUCUUCUGCUGCAAACUCUUGAUCCUACCAUUCUUGAAAAUUUUGAGAAUCCCAAGCCGACGGCGGUCUCGCAUGAUCUCAAUAAGACGAAAGGUUUAGAUGCAGAACCAGUGACGCAUCCUGUUGUUCAAUCUUCUUCGGCGCCGAUACAUGCUCUACCAAAUGUCAAAACUGUUAAUACACAAUAUGUGAGCCAUAUUGCCAACAAUUUGACUCCGACAAAAUUCAGCCAUGCAUCGCGGAAUACUACCUUGGGCACAUCCGCCCAUCAGCCUUCACCAAAGGUCUGGGCACCAAAUCAACAGCCUGUCCAGAAGCAGCAAUUGGAAUGCCCUAAUAUCAAUAAAAAUGUGAACAGUGCAUCGAUCUACAGCGCGCCAUCUGUGGACGCUUUCAAAAAGUCGGUGGCAGUAGCGUCGUCUUCUUUGCAGCAAAGAGGCCAUCUCCAUUCAUUACCGGAGAAAUGUGUCAACCAAGAUACGAAGACCCUUCUGGCUGAAAAAUCAUAUCCUCAAUCAUACGUCGAUGUAGAAGACGAAUUUGGCGACUUGCCUCUAUCAACGCAAGACGUGAGAGAUCUUGAUAUGAAUCGUACGAUUGUGGGAGAUAUUGCACAAAAUGGGAGACCAUUCCCAACAUAUAGCGAUGUUCUCCUCGAGGAACUUGGGCAAUAACACCGGGUUUGCUAUGCAUGCUGUUGGUCGUUAUGCGCGUCAUUAUCAUCAUCAUCAGAACUAAAAUCUUCUUCAGCAACUGGGAAUGUCAAAAGUGCAGCAACGCCACCCAAUCCCUCGAGUCGCUUCCCACUUUCGUGAUCUGAGCUCAAUACGCGAACUUCUCCGCCUUCAACUUCGCGCACACGAUCAACUAGCCCAACCCAGCGCUUCCGCUCGGCCACAUCUUGCGAACGGAAUAAUCUGUUUGAGAUUAUGAGAACGCCUCCACCUCUCCCAACAGCGCCUUGGUCUACAGCGUGUUCGACUUCUCGAGGUCCGUAGGUUGCUUUGUUGGUGUCCUUGCGCAAGUGGUCUAGAAAGUCGUCCAUUAACUUUGUUUCUCGUGCGUACUUGGUAUCUGACAGCAGCGUUCGGACGGACGGUGACUGAAGAACUUCGGAGAGAGAAUGGAGAUAUCCAGAAGCCGAGUGCACUACCACGAUACUCGGUAAAAGUCUCUUUAAAGAAGGCAUGUUUGUCGAGGCGGCGGAUUGAAUAUACUUCUGGAAGCCUGCUGCGACAAAUCCUGGCGAUGCUAGGAGGAUCGGCCUCGACGAGUCGUCGUUAUUGUUGCUGGAUGUUAUAUUUGUAUUGAACUCUAUUUGGCGGAGCAGUGUGUCUAAGGUGACUUGAAAGAAUUUUGAUAGUCCCUUUGUAUAAUGUUAAGUCCAGCUCUAUUGGAUCUUUCAAGAAG